UUUGUUGCAUAUGACCCUUGAUGGCAUACACAAUUAAUAUUUUCCUGUGGGCGUAUGUUUCCUUGUCUGACCACCCAGCCUUUUCACUUUUAAAACCUCUGAUCUUUAACCAACGGCAAAGGAAGACGUCCAAAGUACCAACAGCGUCUCUUAAUUGACACAUAAUUGAGAUAAUGCACUGCAUAAUCAUCGCCAACAUCUAACUUUGCUGUAAGAAUUUUACAGUGGAGUUGGACAUAGUUUUUGUUGGCACCCUUUUUUUAAAACAGAAAUGAAUCAACAGAUUUUAAUUGAAAAGAUACACUGUCUUGACGAUGAAUAUAUUGCACGCCCAAGAAUUAUCACAUGUUAUCCGUUCAACAAACUACCAUCUCUACAAAGAUCGCAUCGGAACCGGCUCCUCGUGUGAUGUCUUUAAAGGCUAUAACAAGGAAAAUUCCAAAGUUGUAGCAUUAAAGAUUUUUAAAGAUAACACAUGGAGCCGGGAAAUGUUAAAAGAAGUCACAGUGUUAAAACAUCUACGGAGUCACCCAAAUAUAGUGCAAUUCUAUGGACAAGAUAAAGAUACUGAAACAAAAUUGCCCGUCCUGGUGAUGGAAUAUUGUUCAAGUGGGUCUCUGCACUCAUUCCUUAAAGAACUUGAAAAUAGACACGGACUACCGGACACUGAAUUUCUCAUUCUCCUGAACGAUAUUACUAGUGGUUUAGAACAUCUACGUCAACAUGGUUGUAUUCAUCGUGAUAUCAAGCCGGGUAAUAUUCUCAGAAAUAUUACGCAGGAAGGAAAGUCGGUGUAUAAACUUUCAGAUUUUGGUGCAAGUCGCAUCUUAUCUGGAAAUACAGAAGAGUUCAUGUCAUUAGCAGGAACUGAGGAAUAUUUGCAUCCGGCCAUGUACCAGAAAGCCUUCAUCAAUAGGGAAGCUGACAUUACUUUUAACUACACAGUAGAUAUGUGGUCUUUAGGUUGUACACUGUACCAAGCUAUAACCGGUGACAUGCCGUAUAAACCAUAUCAAGGUGCCAGGAACGAUAGACGAACAAUGUAUGAAAUGACCUUCAGUAAACCCCGGGGUGUUAUAUCGGGUUCACAAUACAUAGCUGGUGGCGACAUCAUAUGGCAGAGAUCUAUCCCCACACACUGUAAUAUGACUAGUGAUCUGCGAACUCACAUUAACCCCAUUUUAGUUGGAUUAAUGGAAUCUGAUCGUAAAUUUCAAUGGAACUUUAAUACCUACAAGAAUCGUGUCACGCGUGUUUUAAAGUUAAAAUGCAUCUUCAUUCUCCAUUGUGAUGAUAUGGCCAUUCAUCAGCUUUAUAUGGACCCGUCUAAAAGUUUGGCCGAAUUCAAGGAUCGUGUGGCAUAUUACACGGACAUCCCAGCCGAUCACCAGAAAUUGUACUAUAACCAGAACCGGUUCUCGGUUUUUCUGAAAGGCAGGGUAACAGUUGAAGCAUUUCCACCUACAGAGUUAAACCAACCAGUUUCUGUCAUGUCUACACAAUAUACAGAGACUAAUAUUUCAAUCAGAAUAUCUCUAGAACCUUUUGAAAGUUUCCGUGUAGGCUCAUCAAUAUCUGAGGACAUUCAAGUAACAACCAGUCAAUGUGAUACUAUUUUUGAUAUUUAUAAAAGGAUGCUGGCAGCUCAAGCUGUUAUUAGCGGCUGUUAUUAUGUUUCGUUAGCUCUAUGGGCUGAUUUACUACAUCGACAUAUACGACUACAGAAGAUAUAUCAACAAUGGCACGAUAGUUAUAAACAAAUAGAAUUCUUUUUGGACACCAUCAAAUCUAUUUUUGAUAGAAGUCUUCAAAAUGGCCAAAGAUCAGAGAUAGGGAACUUGUUUAAUUUCCAAGCCAUUGCCGAGUUAUAUGGUGGCCUAAAGAGGAUAAAAGGUGAAAUACUAAGCAGCAGUUUUGAAGAAAUUUGGGGAACACCGCCAUCUUUGAUUGACAACAAUUGGUGUGCGUUGGUUGGCACCCUAUUGCAGAAAGGAAAAGACGUAUUGUACAGAAUGCAAAAUAGAAAGAAGCAAGUGUUAACAGAAUAUGAACAAUUACAACAAAAUGCUGACAGAUCUGAAAUACAAGAAUUAACAGCAAGAUGUGUGUUUUUGUGGCAAACACCGUGUUCAAAAGAGCGAAAUCUCGCCAUGAAUGAAUAUUCACGAAAUAAGCAGUUGCAUAAAGACGGUGUGGCCCGAAUGGUCGUAUUGGAAGCUGAUUUAAAAAAAUUAGAGCAGUCCAGGGCUCAAUGCAAAAAUGUCUUCACUGAGAUUAUGCGAUACAUGUGCACGGGUUCACACAGUAGAAAUCACAGGCGAUCACCAGAGCGAUACGAAGAAAUCAGCAUUAAGGCCAGCAGAUCGUUACCAACACCAUAUAUUACUAUCGAAAGCUCAAAGUUAAGAUCAAUAGACCAGUCAAAGGGACUUCUCAAAAAGACAGUGACAGAUCAUAAGAACAUGGUGAGUUUGAUAGAGAAAGAGUUAGGACAAUUACCAGAAAUGUCAUUUAUUAAUGAAAGUGACACAGAAACGGCGGAAACUCAAACAGAAGAAGUGAAAGAGGAAGACAAAGGUGGAGGAAAUGGGUUAAACCAGGAUGCGUAUGUCACGAUUGGCGAAGAAAAGGGGUUAGACAAUGAUGUGCAUGACAUGAAUGGCGGAGAAAGGGAAUUAAACAAGGAAGUACUUGUCAUGAAUGGCAGAGAAAAGAAGUUACAGAAGGAGGUACAUGUCAUGAAUGGCGGAGAACAGAAGUCAGACAAAGAAGUACAUGCCAUAAAUGGCGAAGAAAAGAAGUCAGACAAGGAGGUACAUGUCAUGAAUGGCGGAGAAAAAAAGUUAGACCAGGAAGUAAAUGUCAUGAAUGGCAGAGAAAAGGAGUUAGUCAAUGACGCACAUUUCACGAAAGGUGACGGAAACGAGUUAGACAAAGGUGUAAAUCUCACGAAUGGUGGUGAAAAGGGGUUAGACAAAGAUGUACAUUUCAAGAAUGGUGGUGAACAUGAGUUAGACAAGGGCGCACAUUUCAAGAAAAGCCAUGGAAAAGAGUUAGACAAGAACACACAUUUGAAGAAUAGUGAUGAAAAUGAGUUAGACAAAGGUGGUGGGGAAAAUGAGUUACACAAAGGUGUACAUCUCAAAAAUCAGUUAGAAGAUGGGGUAGUAAAAACGGAACAUAUAACGAACAAAUCAAAUGGAGGCGAUGAAGGAUAUGAAACUAGCUUUUCCAAUAACCCCAAACAUAGUAUUUCAUCUUUCACUGAUUCAUAUAAGCAAACGGCAAACCCGCAAGUAGGAACUGUAACUGGAGGUAAGUCAUAUGGUAAAUCCCAAGUAGGAGAUGCUCGUAUUUUGUCAAAUCAUAUAGCUCAAAAUGUGCUGCAAACAGUAGACUCUAAGGUUGGUUCAGCUUCGAAUAGACUAAGAAGCCGUGGUCCGAUACAUUUAAACAGUCGUACCCGACAACAAUUAAUACAAACUGGAGCAAUACCAAAGUGUUAUCCAUUAAACAAUAGGCAAGUAACCAAUUCAUCGGCAAACAAUCUUACCGAUAACACAUCUGCCCAAGUUCAUACUGUAGACAUUAUUGAACAUGGAUCUAGUGUUAACAAAUCCCCAGAACACCAAACCAAAGAUCGUUCACCAGAAAUUAAUGAAACAGCAGCCAUUUCUAGACCAACUACAACUCGACACACAAACAAACUCCAAUUAGACUCUCUGAUGUCAGACGAUGAUUCGCGAACUACAGAAAUCCCGUUCACAUCUGAGCAAACAAAACAUGUUUCACGAACUGAAGAAGACAAGUCAUCAUCCCAUUUAUCAACAGGAUUAUUUCGAACUGCACACGCCCACUCCGCAACAACAAAAUUGUUAAAGAGACCAUCCAACGAGUCAGUCCAGCCUGACGCUUGUCUGGUAUCAACUGAUGAUGGACCUCAGCUAUCAGAAAAUAAAGCAGAAAAAGAGAAUAAUGUAUCUGUUAAGUUGUGUUAGUAUAAGAACGACUGUUAUGAAUCAGGGAUAAUUGCGCUAGAUCAAGCAGUCUUUAUCUUGUCUUGUUUUACUAGGAUAUUUUUUCUGUCUAUCUAUUGUGACUUUCGAAGUGUUUUUUUCUCCGUUCGUACUUAUCCUCAUAAAGUGCUCUGUACUUUUGAAAAUGAAAGUUUGCUAUCAUUUUGAAUUCUUUCCAUUUUUAUAUUGGAUAAAUGUUGAAGAAUCACUUUCCUGGAUCAACAAAAUUUCACUUUUCUCCUAUCUUAUAGAUUAACCUUGCUAUGUGUUGGCUAAAAUCAUAUUCGAAAGAACGAAUAGGUGGAGUUUAAACCCUCGUCAACACAACUAGGUCACUUUGGGACUUGGGAAAAUCUUGGUAGGACAAGAUGCGAUAGGGAUUGUAGAGCUACCCAUUAUUACUGAUGUAGCAGUGGAUUCUUAAACCAACAGGGCAUAAUGUUUACUUUGGCAUCUUAAUUUAUAAAUGUCCUGUGUUUUUAACGUGGAGAACUCGUGUGGCGACUUUCCCAAAGUGUUGAUUAUUGACUAUUUAGACUAUAUUCUAGUAAGUUCUCUGGGACGAGCCUUGCGAAAAGCUGAUAAUUGAAUCUCAUCUAAUCAACAAAAAUAAUGGAGAAGAGUUUUACAGCAGUAAUAAAUCCCCAGCGCGUUUCGGAAGAAUACAAACGGUGUAUAAUGUGUACCUCAAAAGGCUGACGACAAUAGCGUGUCAUUAAUAACAUUUGUAGUUUGAUUAUACAACUAAAGAUUAUCAAAUAUAGUUAUUAUGAAGCAGAUUCAUAAAGGCAGCAAAAUAUAUUUCCUUUCAAUUGUAAUGCAGUGUUGUGUCAUAAUUCUGGAAUUAAAAUCGGUAUCAACUAAUCAGCACAAAUGGAUCGGAGACCUUGACCAAUAUCAUGAUGAUUCAGAGACAACUUCUACGGAUACUACGAUCAUCUCUUCCCAAGUUCAGAUGUGUUUUAGUAUAAAUGUCGGAAGUUGGAAUAUAAUUUUAAGAUGGAUUUUAUUCUAUGCUGCCGUAAAAAUCCAGGUCUGAAUUUUCUGUCAGCAGAAUCGGAGUUAGGUUGGCAUGAUGAUCCAUAACAUUAACAUAUAUGUUGCGUUGCCCAAGUCCAAAUGUGUUGAUGCAGCUGUCCCAAGAAAUAAUGAUUCUAUAUAUGUGUGCAAUAUUGUGGUAUUUUAUGACCAACCUGUAUUUAAAUACAAUGAAGAAAUGCAAAAUUAGACAACUAUCUGUGAUAAUACAGCAAUACUACCGAAGCGGUUUAAACAUGUUUUUGAUUUCAUGAUUUUGUAUGAUUGUUGAAUGAUAUAAACAUCGUUAAUGACGACAAAAAUAAUCUGGAGAAUGAAAUGUAGUAAAAUCAAAAGUAUUAGUUUGCUCAUAUUCUCUAGCAGCUAUGACACCCGCCAUCGUGUUUACUAACACGAUUGGACCGGGAUUUAUAUUCGAUAUCGAUGUCCGCAAUUAUGUGCUCGUAUGCACACAGUAAAGACCUUGAAGCUUUGCAUAUAAACGUUACCUAAAUUAUAUGAGGAAUUGAGUCAGUUCUAGAGAUAGUCAUCGAAAGUGAUUUUGAUGUCCUGAUUUUCACAAUGCCAAUUUCCGUUACAUAAUCUUUCAAGAAAAUAAAUCUAAAUAUAUUUUGACAAGAAGUGAUUACUGAAACACGAAGUGCGUAAUUUUCACAAUACGAAUGACGAGUGUUUUGAAUUGCACAUUAAAAGUUAUUUUCCCGUCUAUAUUCGGCAUUUCAUACUAUAACCCGUUUAUUGUAACGUUGUUAAAAAUAUAUUUUUAAAAUUCUUAUCUGCUCCCGCGCCAUUUAGUUUCGUAUAAUUUUAGAGCAACAAAUCGAUUAACUUUCAAAUGCGAAAAUAAUAGCAAUACAUUGAUUGAGAAGAUAAUGAAAAAAUAUACACAUAUAUACAUAUAUUCUCUAUAUAAACCCAACUGACUGGAUAAUAAUUUGCCACACAUAUAUACAUAUAUUCCCCUUAUAUACUAUUCAAAAAAAGUAGG